AUGUUUGAAACAAUAAUACAUAAAGUACUAAGUUCAAUUGCUGGAGAAUAUAUAUAAGGUUUAGAUUCUGAUAAACUAAAAAUUGGUAUAUUCUCUGGAGAUGUAGAAAUUGAUAAUGUAUCUUUAAAUCCUUAAGUUAUAGAAAUGUUAGAACUUCCUUUAAACUUGAGAUUUUCUAAGAUUGGUAAGCUAAUUUUAAAAGUACCUUUUAAAAACAUAGGUUCUAAGCCAGUUGAAGUAUAUUUAGAUGGGCUUUAUUUGUUAUUAAACCCUAAGAAUUAAAGUGAUUGGACAUUCAAAGACUAUAAAGGGUUGUAAACAAAAAUAAGUCAAAUAGAAACAUUUAUAGCUGAAUGUGUAAAAAAACUUGCUGCAAAGCAAGUAGCAAAAGCUAAAGUUGAAGAAGCCAAUGCUGGAUAUGUCUAAAAAUUAACAAUGAAAAUAAUUGAUAACAUUCAAAUAUGUGUAAAAAAUAUUCAUGUAAGAUACGAAGACACUAUUACUAAUAAAUACUCUUGGGGGUUCAGUCUUGAUAAGAUAGAUAUAUUUACUACUAAUAAAAAUGGAGAAAAAGUAUUUGUUGAUAGAACUUUAUCGGAAAAUAAAAAUGAAUCCAUGAGAAAAUUACUCAUGAUUUCCAAUGCUGGAAUUUAUUGGAAUGCUAAAGAAAGCUAAAUGAUUUCGUAUUAAGAUGAUAAAAUAAAAGUUGAAAAAAUGGCAGGAAUGAUUUUGCGAGAAGGUCAAGAAAAAACUCAAGAACCGGUUGAGUUCUUAAUUAAGCUAAGUUCUUAAAUUAAACUGAAUAUGAAUAAUAAAGGAGAUUUUAAUAAACCUGAAAUUGAUGUUUCUCUUAAUGUUGAAAAGAUAAACUUACAACUUUCUCAAAAACAACUUUAGUAAAUUAUUAUGCUUACGGAAUUUUUCUCUAAAUAUUCAACCUAACGUUAGAAAGAAAGGAAAAAUGAAUAGUAAAUCAGUAAAGAAGAAAUAGCAAAAUAGGAGGAAAUAUUUGCGAAGUAUUUAAUGAAAAGAUUAACUAACGAAAAAGAUAAGUCGCUUACUUGCUUAUCCAUAAGUGAAAAAUCUGAAUACGAAAAUUCAAUAAUUGUUUUAGAUAUUGAAAAUCUCUUUAAUUAAGCAAAAAAAGUUGUACUUGAAGCAUAAAAAGAAAUGAAAAAAAAAGAAAUGGAAAAGAGAAAAUCGGAAGAAAAAAAAGGCUUUUUCGGAAGGUGGUUUGGAACUGGAUCUUCAUAAGAAGAAGCUGAAAAUAUGCUAUCAGAAUAAGAUAAAACUGAAAUUCAAUAAUUUGUAAAUGAUAAUUUCGGAACUGAUGUAAUUGAUGCUCCUGAUAUUAUUAGACCUAAAGAAUAUGUAUAUUUAAUAAUAAAUUUCAAUUUAUAAGGUGCAGGUAUUAUUUUGAGCAAUAAAAUUGGAGAUGAAAUAUAAAGUUUAGAAUUUUCAUUAAAUUCAAUAGGCGGAUCACUAAAAUUAAGAGAGAAUAAUAUGGAAUUGGAUGUAAAUUUAGAUAACAUAGAAUUAAAUAUGAUUGAUUAUCAUAUAAAUUUAAAUCAAGAGAAAAAAAUAAGCAUUUUAAGUCCAAAAAUAAAAAAUUCUAAUAAGCCUUUAAUAGAAUUUAAGUUAGAAUAAAAACCAAUUUCUAGGCCUCAUAUUGAUUAAGAAAUAACUGUUUAUAUGAGGUCAGUUCGUUUUGACUAUAAUAGUAGGUUUGUAUUUAGAAUACAGUAGUUUUUCGAUGUUAAAGUUUCAGAUUAGGAUCUAAAGGAAGCUCUAAAUAAUAAGAUAAAUGAAUAAAUUAUUGAAAAAUAAAAAUCUUUAGAAGAAAGUAUGAAAGGAACUUCAACUCUAGCACUUAAUGUGAAGUUGGAAUCUCCAAUUUUAGUUAUUCCUUUCAAAACCGAUGGAUCAUUAAUGAAUGAAUGUUGGAUAGUUAAUUUGGGUGAUUUGGAAGUUAGAACUAAUCCUGAAGUUUUAAGAGAAAAUAUGACUGAUGUUGAGAAGAUUUAUGAUAAAUAUGAUAUUAGUUUGACAUAAAUAAAACUAUCUUAUUUCCCCUAAAUCUAAUUUUAUAAUUAAUGUGUUGAAUAGUUUGAAAAAGAUGGAAAUAUGCCCCCUACACCUUAAGGUUUGCUUGCUAGAUAAAAUACUAUUGAAGAUUUUAAAAUUACUUUGUAAGUAACUAUAGUUAAAUAUCCAGCUUAAAAAAAAGUGAAAGAUCCGAACAUUCUUGUAAAGGGAGGAAUUGAUUAAAUAAUGCUGAAAUUAAAUCCUUAAAUAUAUAAAAGGAUUUUGAAUAUUGGUUAAUGCUUUGUAGUAGAUGAUUAAGAUAAAAAUAAAAAUGAACAAAAAAUAGAAAAAGUAGUUGCUACAAAAUAAUAACUUUUAAAAAAUUCUAUAAAAACUGGUAUAGUUUUUAAAAGAAGUUCAAAGUUAAAGAAUUGGGAAAAAUUUACUGCAGUAUUAUCUGGAGGAUAUAUUUAUUUCUUUGAUAAUCCAAAAGCAACUGUUCCUGAAGACUAUGCUUGGGUAAAAGAUUCAACAAUAACAAGACAAGAUGAGAAUUUUGUAGGAUUCAAAAAUGCUUUUCAUAUAUCAAAUAGAUAUACUGAUUUAUAUAUGGCUUGCGAUAAAGAUAAAAAUACCUAAUAAUGGAUAGAAGCUCUUGAAUAAGUAAGGACUAUAAAAUAAAUGAAUAUUGAAGAUGAAUUUAGUGAUUUAGAAGAUGCAGAAAGCUAAGCUUUGAAAAGUAAAGAAAAAGAAAAUAAUAAAGGAACAGAGGAAGAAAAAGUUGAUUAUAAUAAAAUUUAAGUUGAAGCUCAUUUUGAAUUAGGAAAAGUUUCUUUAUAAAUGUAUGAUGAAAAAAAAUUUCAAGAUCAACCUUUUUUGGUCUUCUAAACUAAUAAAUUAUCUAUUUAAUACAUUUAGCAGAUGUAAUUUAUGAGUGUUUAAUUGGGAUUAGGAGGUAUGUUUUUACAUGAUUACAUUUAUGAGUAUAAAGAUGGCAGAAUCAAAGAUUUUAUUACUAGUAAGUAAGAAGGAGAUGAUGAUAUGCAACUAAUUACGAUUAAAUUAAUCAAUUUAGAAAAAAAUCAUCCUGAUUACAAAAAUAUUGGAAUUAAUUUAGAUGUUUCAUUUCAUAAAUUGAUUAUUAAUUUUAAACCUGAUACUUUAGCAAAAGUUAUGCUUUUUAUUUAAACUUAGGAUAAAGACCAAGAUUAAUAAAUAAAUCAAUAAAUGAUUAAUUAAUUAGAAAAUGCCUAAAGUAUGAAUGGUGGAGAAGGAGAUUCUAUCAAAUAAUCAUAAACUUUGGCAUCAACUAAAGAUACAAGUGUAGUUGAAACAUAAGCUUUGUAAGAAAAUCAAUCUAUUUUAUUAUAGGCAAAAGUAUGUAUUUCUGAAAUUAAAGUUGUUUUAAUUAAUAGAAGAACUAAACUUAGUAUGGCCGAUAUUUCUUUGAAAUAAACUUAAUUGGUUUUUAAUAAAAAAUCUGAUGAAAUAUUGCUAGAUGGAACAUUAGGUAACCUACAAGUAAAUGAUUUAACAAAUUAUCCAUAAACUAUUUACUUGGAAGAUGAUUGGAAUAAAAGUAAACCUUAAGAGUUGGUAGGAUUAUUAAAAAAAUAAGGAAGCGAGAGUUUAUUAAAAGUUUAAUUUAGAUAACUUUCUGAAGGUUCAAACAAAAUAUAAGAAGAUAAUAAUGCUACUUUUAUAAAAGUUGAUAUAAGUUCUAUUCAUAUAUCUUAUUCAUAAAGACCUAUUUUAAGGCUUUUAGAUUAUUCUCUUGUUUAAUUAUUAGGGCCUUUAAGUACUCCGGAAUUGUAUACAGAUGAAGAACUUAAUAUGUAAUAAAAACAAGAAAUGAGAGAAAAAGAAAAUUAAGCCAAAGAUCCUACUAUAUUAUUAAAAAAAUAAGGAAGAAAUUAAAUAAUAAAAUAGGUUUUAAAUCCUAAAGGAAUGGAUUUACAUGUUACUAUAUAAAAUCCUCUCAUUAGUCUAAAACCGAAUCCUUAAUCUGAAGAAUACUUAGAAAUAGAUUUGGGAUUAAUAAGAAUAAUAAAUAUAAGAGAAAAAAGUUCUAAUAGAUUGUUAGAUUGCAAAUUAAAAUAGGAAGUAAAAUAAACUUAUAGUGAGAAUUAUAAAAUCUGUAUUGAAUAAAUGUAAAUUAGAAUAAUUAGAAGCAAUAAAGUUGAUGAAAUGACAAAAUAAUUCAAUUAUAAUGUAAAUAUUAAUAUGGCUCUUUUCUCUAAUGAGUUAAAAUACUUAUAUGGAGAUGAUAUUGCUAUUGAUAAUACUAUGUUUAUGCAUAACUAUGUAUCUCCAAUUAUAUUUAGAAUGUCUAAUUCUGAUUAUAAUUUGGUUAUGAAAUGUCUAUUCCAUAAUAUUACUUAUGAUGAUAAUUGUGAUAAGUUUAUGAUACAUGAUUGGGAAAGAAACUAGGAAGCUUAAGUAAUUAUUUAGAAGAAACAAAAAGAAGAGGAGAAGAGACUUUAGUAAUUAAAUGUAAAAAAUUAAGAUUAUUAUAAAGAAAAGGGAGGCAUUUUCUUUUAAUUGGAUGUUGAGAGUUUUUCGAUUUUCGCUUUAGAUUAAAAAAAUAUUCCUUUUGCAAGAAUAUCAUUAAAUAAAAUGAGGGUUUAUUAAAUUAUUGGAGAAAAAAUGCUAACGUCGUUAUAUGCAAAAACUCUAAAUGGUUCAUUCUUUUAUUUCGAUCUUUUUAAAGACUAAUAUGUUGAGUAAGGAUUACUUGGAGAUUUGAAUGUGUAGAGAAAUUAUGAUAAAGAAUAAAUUAAUGAUUUAAGCUUUUUAGUCUUAUAAAGUCUUAAUUAACCUAGUGAUUAGGUAAUGCUUUAAUAAUCAGAUAAAUUUGCUUUUGAAGAAUAUGAUAGUGUGGAAAAUGCUUUGAAAAAUGAUAAAUUUUAAAUUGUUUAUGAAUUGGAAAUGCUUGCUAAUGGAGAUAAAGUAAUGUAUGUCCUUGUUGCAGAUUUCAAACUAAUUCUUAAAACAGGCCCUUUACUUAAACUAGCAAGCUUUGCUAUUAUGGAUGCUAGUGUUUAACCUCCUCCGCCCGUUUAUAUAGUAGAAGAUACUUAAGAAUAAUUAGAAAUGAGACAAAUAAGAAAUAAAGAAAUUGAAUAAUUUUAAAAAUCGAUAGGAGGAAAAAUGCUAAUAGAUGUAAAGGUUAAAAAUGUUAUUAUUAGUACACCAUGUGCUGAUGGGGCUAAUUUAUUAGCAAUAAGAGGAGAGUUCGAUAUAAAAGUUGAGUUUUCUCAAGCUUAGUCAUUGUAAUAUAUAAAAUAAGAAAUACAAACAAAUAAAAGUACUUUAGAAAAUGCUUAUUUACUUAAUUAAACGGGUAUGAUAAAGGCUAUACUUUCUGAUUUGGAAAUAUUUAUCUGUAAUGAGAAUGAAUUAAAAAAUAAAAAUUUUAAAAUGGUAAACAAAAGAAAUAUUUUGCUUCCUUUAGAUUUGGUAUUUUAAAAAAAUGACUAUUUAUCGUUGACUAGUUUGUAAUCUUAACUUUUCUUUAAUAAAACUAAAAUGAACACUAGUUUGUAAAAAACUUCGUUUAGAGUAUCCUUUAGAGAUAUUACUCUUAUUCAAAAUACUAUUAAUAUUUUACUUGCUGAUAUGCAAGAAAAGCAUCCCACAUAAUAAAAUUAAAAAUAGGAAUAAAUUAAAGAAGAAGAAUAAUAAUAAACUGAAGGAUAAAAUGAAAUAUAAUAAUAAGAAAAAGUAAAUAAAUAGUAAUAAAACGUUGACACUGAUCAACUUUUAACUGAUGAAGAAAGAAUAAAAAGGGAAAUUUAAGAAUAAGAAAAUAAAAUAGAUAAGUUAGCUAAAAAUGAAUCAUAAAUCAAUGAAAUGAUUAUUGAAGCAAAUUUUGAAGGAUUCUAAAUUGUUAUUAUUAAUGAUAUUAAUAACGCAUUUGUACCAGUUCUUGAUUUUAAUAUUUUUGAAAUGGCUGUUCUUUUUACUUAAAAUAAUGUCUAAAUAAAGGUGUCUACUAUUAUAUAAUUUAGUGCUGAAUAUUAUAAUCCAAAAGUGAGCUUAUGGGAACCUAUAAUUGAGAAAGUUGGAUUUAAUAUAGAUUAUUUAUAGAGUGAAUUUAAUAAUCCUCGAUAAUUAAUAACUGUUGAAUUAAAUUAAAAUUACGAAAUAUUUAACUUAACUUUUUCGACAUAAUUUUUGAGUGUAUUAACUAAGACCACAAAAACUGUAAGGACAAACAUUAUCCCAAAAAAUUAAUAAUUUGAAACUGCACUUACAGAUGUAUAAUAAGGAAACGUAAUUGAUAUGAUUAGAAAAUAAAGCUAAUAAGAUGAAGAGCUUUUUUAACAUAUAUCACCCUAUACUAUUAGAAAUGAAACAGGGUAUACUAUUGAUAUUGAAACUGAUUUAUCUAGUUAAAAUAUGAAUAUCAAAAAGCCAAAUUAUAAAGAAUAAAAAAUAUACAAAAUGAGCUUAGAAAACUCUAAUGAAAAUAACUUUUAGGUCGAACUAGAUGAAUCAUAAAUGUUAUAAGUACUUAGUGAUUCAAGAGAAACUCAUGUAUUUAAAAAAAAUAGUGAAUAAGUAAAAAUAAGAGUAAAUGCUCCGAAUAAAAAUAUAGAUUUUAUAGAGUAAAUAGACCUUGAUAAAGUAAGAAAUAGGUUAAGACCUUGCAAAUAAAAUAAUUAAAAAUAAUUUGAUAUUAUAACUGAAGUUAAAUUGGAUAAUAUUUCUUUGAAAAAAGUGCUUAUUAUUUCUUCUCCUUAUGUGCUAAGAUGUGAUUGUGAAUAAUAAAUAAAAAUUAAUAUUUUUAAUUAAUAAAAGGAACUUAUAAAGACUGUAGAUUUAAGCAAAGGUGAAAAAUAUCCAGUACCUGUAGAUUUAUGUUCUGGUUCAUUUAGUUUAUCUUUUGCUUCAUAAAUAAACUAAUAGAAUAAUAAUUUAUAAAAUAAAUUAGUAUUUGAUAAACUUGCAUAAAAUUUUAUUAAUAAAGCUGAAGAAGUAGUGUUUUAAGAAGAACAUUUCUUUUUGAUGUUAAAAGUAAAUAAAGAUUUAGAAAACAACAAAAAAACUAUUUUUUCUAUAGAACCACCAUAUAGAAUUAAAAAUUGCCUUCCAAAAACAUUAUUAAUAUAAUUUAUAAAUUAAAGAAAAAUAACUGCUACAACUUAACAAAUAGCUUGCGGCAAAAACUUUGAAGUUUAUAAUAUUUCAUAAAGAAGAUAAGCCUAUCUUAAAAUAAAUAUUCCAGGUCUCUUUUGGAGUAAUGAAGCAAAGGUUUCAGGAGAUAAAAUACUUGAUAAAAUACUAAUUAAAGAUAUUAAUGGAAAUUCUAGUGAAAUUUCUAUUCACAAAAAAUAAGCUAAGGACGAAUAAUAAGUUGAAGGUUGUAAAUAAUUUUAUAUUUAUUGUAAAGGAUAUAUGAUAAAUGAAUCGCCUUAUUAGUUGAAUGUUUAUACUUCCAAAUCAGAGAAAACUGACUUAAAUAAAGCUAGAAUGGUUGGAGGAUAAUCUAAAAUAUAUCCAGAAGAAAAUUUGAACAGAAACAUAGUGUUAUUGGGAGAAGAAACAGGAAAUUAUUUAUAAUUAGCAGAUACAGAAUUCAGUAAAAUAUCAAAAAGUGCUAAUAUAGUAGGUGUAGGGUAAACUUAAAUUGAUUUAUAUACAAAAAAUAUUGAUAGUGAACCUAUUUACUAGACUAUGGGUAUAGAUGUAUCUUUGAAAAAUCUAGAUUAUGAUGAAAAAAUUUUCUCUAAAGUAAUAACAAUAUCUCCAAGAUUUAUUUUUGUAAAUAAAACUGGAAAUUUAUUAGAAAUAAGAUAAAAAGGAGUUGAAAAUAAAAUAAUAGGGAUUGAAAAAAAUUCAAGAAUUCCUCUUUAUUGGCAUAAUGAUGAAAAGAGUAAAUUUUUAAAUGUAAGACUUAUUGAUGAAAAUAAAGACUGGAAUUGGAGUGGAAACCUAAAUGUUUAAGAAUUGGGAACUGUGAACUUUUUAUGUAGAAAUGCUUAGGAUAAAAUGGAACUUUUGUUUUUAAGAAUCGAUGUUAGAGAUGAUAAAUCUAAUAUUUUUAUUGUUAUUGAAAAAGUUUAAGAUAAUGAAAGACCUUAUUUAAUUUAAAAUCUUUCACAAAAAGUUAAAAUAGAACUUACUGAUUAUGGGGUCAUUUUAAAUAAUGCAAGUUCAGAUAAGCUAAAUGAUAAUUAGUUUUAUAAUUUAUCUUGGAACGAACCAUUUGAUAAAGAAAGGAAAAUUCUUACCCUUAUUUCUCCGUUUGAUGGUAAAUUUGAAAACUAUUAACUCAAUUUAACUCCUGAUCAUAUCUAUUAUUAAGAUAAAAUCAUGAUUGCACCUAUUGAUGAAAAAGAUAAAAAAAAAAUCAAAAUAAAUGCUCUUUAUUUAAAAUGGUCAGUUGAUAUUGAUGGAUUUACAAAAAUAAUAAAAUUUGAAGAUAGUUCUUUAGACGAAGCAGUUACUUAAAAAGAAAAAAAAUAAUUGAGAGCUAAAAUCCUAAAAUAAUAAGAAUAGAAAAGAAAAGAAUUAGAAAAAAGAGAAAAAAAGGAAAAAAAAAAUAAAAAUAAAAAUAAAAAGCAAGAAGAAAAUAAACAAGCAAUAGAUUUAGAAUAAAAUACUCAACAAACAAUCCAAACUGAUUUAAAUGAAAAUGUAAGUUCAGAAACAUUAGAUACAGAAGUUAUAAGACUUCAAUAAAUUAGUGUAUCUUUGAAAAGCUUUGGUGUUUCAGUAGUUUAAAAUCAUCGCUUUUCCGAAAAACCAAAAGAAGUUUUAUAUAUAACUUUAUAAGGUACUGAAGUAAUUAUGAUAACAAGGGAAGAUGUGAAAAUAACUUAGGCAAGAAUAUAAUUAAUUAAUAUAGAUUCUAAUAGUUAAUAUGCACUUAAUAAUCCUGUAAUAUUUACUCCUAUGAAAUUCGGUAGUUAUCUAAAAAAAGAUUCAAAUAAAAAUUUCAUAAAUGUGUUAAUUGAAUAAAAUCUUCUUGCUAAAAAUAUCGUUUUAUAUAAUAAUUUGACAGUUGAUAUUGAUCCUUUUGCUGUUAGGAUUGAUGAAUAAUUUAUUAAUGUAAUUUUGGAUUUCUUAAACGCUGUAGGGGAGGCUUAAUAUGAUUAUGAAGAAUAAUAAAUUAAUAGUUUAGAAGAAUAUUCUAGCGAAGAAAAAUAAAUUGAAUAAUAUAAAUAAUAGAAAUUUAAAUGGUAAGUAUGUGAAAUUCCUCCAACUUCAACUCCAACUUUUAUAAAUUAAUUAAUUCUCUCAAAUAUAGAAAUAAGCCUAACUUUUAGCGCUAAACUAAAAACAAAUGAUGAAAUGUCAGGAUUAUCUAUACUUAAGUCCAUUUUUACGGCUUUAGGAGUUGCUUUUGCUAAUAUUGAUGAAGCUCCUUUAAGUUUGAGUGGAAUAAAAUUAAUAAACUGUUUCGAAACUAUACCAGGAAUAUCAAACAAACUCAUGGCUCAUUAUAAAAAUCAAGCAAUAACUUAAAUAUUUAAAGUUUUUGGAUCUUUGAAUGUUAUUGGCAAUCCAGUUGGAUUAUUUAAAAAUAUCUCAACAGGAGUUAUUGACUUAGUAGAAAAGCCGGCUGAAGGAUUUGCUAAAGGACCUUUAGAAGGAGGUUUAGGAAUAGCUUAAGGAGCUGGAUCUUUGUUAAAAAAUACAAUGGCUGGAGCUUUUAAUUCAGUAAAUAAGAUUACUGGUUCCAUAUCUAACGGUAUAUCAGCUUUAUGUAUGGAUGAGGAAUAUUUAUAAGAAAGGGAAAAAUUAAGAUCGAAAAAACCUAAACAUAUCGGAGAAGGAGCAAUUCAGGGAGCAACAUCAAUAGUAUCAGGCAUUGCUUAAGGUAUUGCAGGUGUAUUUUUAUAACCAUUCCAAGGCGCGAAAAAAGAAGGAGUAUUAGGAUUCUUUAAAGGGGCUGCGAAAGGAAUCGCAGGUCUCGUAGUUAAGCCUAUUACUGGAGUUUUAGAUGCCGCUUCGGCAGCUACUGAAGGAAUAAAAAAUACUAUUACUUAUGGUGACGAUAAACCUAAUGAAUCUAGAUUAAGGGCUCCUAGAAUAUUCUAUGGCAAAGAAUAAUUCUAUAAAGAAUAUAUUGAUUUAGAUGCAGGAAUUAAAGUUGCGAUGCAAUUAGUUUCUAAAGGCAAAUUUGGUAAUGCAGAUUUCUUAUAGUCGUUUUUGAUUAUUCCUGAUAAGAAUAAACCUGAUAUUAAAUUUAUUCUUGUUAUUACUUAUGAUGUUAUUAUGUUAUUUGAAUAUGCAAAGAAAAAGAAAUAAUGGUAUAUUGAAACUGAAAUUUUAUAGAAUCAUGCCUUAAAGGAUAAGGGAAUUCAUUUUACAACUACUAAAAAUAUUAAAAAGAUUAAUAAAAAGCAAAUUUAUAUUGAAAUUAAUGAAGAAUAAUAGAAAAAUUAUAUAAAUGAAUAACUAUCUUAUUUAAAAGCUUAAUUAGAUGAAGAAAAGAAAAUCAAAGAACAGGAAAAAUGAAAAAU